GUGACGCCAGCAGCCUAUUUUCUGCAGCUGCCACCCGGGGCCUUUCCUGAUGUGAUGCUUGACCAUAGAAUAAAAUGGCUUAUAUUGUCCCAAAUUUCUAUAUGCAUUUUUUGACGAAAUCUCAGCCCUGCCUAAUAUUGGCAGCUCCAUCAGUCUUCUGGUAUCAAAGAAAGAAUGGACACCUUUUACAGCAUUUGAAAUAUGCCAUGGAUACUUCUUUAGGAGAGGAGAAUAAAUUCACUGUAGAAAAUCUGUCCAAAUUAUCAGUGGAUAUAAAGAAAAUCCGUAGGCUAAAGCCAUGGGUUCUGUCAAAAGAGGUGUCGUAUAUCAAAGAAAUAGCUGAUAUUUUGCAAACAAUUGGAGUUGAUGGACCUUCAUUAGCACAUAUGUUUGAAUGCUAUCCGGAAGCCAUUCUUUGUAGUCCUACCAAUAUCACUUGUCAAAGAGAUCUGUGGUUAUCUGUCUGUCAAAAUGAAAAGCAGUUAGUGGAGUUAAUAAAACGAUUUCCAGAUGCUUUUUUUAAUGUUGAACAUUAUGAAAAUCAGAAGGCCAACAUUAGAUUCUUCAAAGCACUGGGGCUGAAGACUGCUAUCAUCCGCCGGUUUUUAACAAGUGCAUCAAAUAUUUUUUACAACCCUGUUGAAAAGAAUAAGCAUGUGAUAGAAAUUCUGCAAAAAAACUAUUUAAGAUUAGGUGGUUCACAGGAAAAUUUGAAAAACUGGCUACUGAAAUUAUUGAGUCAAAAUCCAUUUAUUUUAUUAAAUACUUCUACUACUGUCCAAGAAAACUUGGAGUUUCUUCAGAACAAUCAGUUCACUGAUUCCGAAGUUUUAUGCCUGUUGUCCAAGCUCAAAGGAUUUAUUUUUCAACUUAAUCCUAGCAAUAUGCAGAGUAGCCUCUUGUUUUCAAAGACCAUCUUCAAUUGCAGUGAUCAAGAAUUAAAAGAGCUAAUAUUACAGUGUCCUGCCCUUCUCUAUUAUUCAGCUUCAGUUCUGAAGAAAAGACUAGAUGAAUUCUUGAAGGAGGGAAUUUCUAUAGAACAAAUUAAAGAGUCUCCUGCUGUUUUAGAAUUAUCAACAGAGAUAAUUCAGUAUCGAAUUAAAAAAUUAAAUGCCCUAGGAUACAGUCUGAAGAAUGGAACUUUAAAAUAUCUCAUUGGAACAAAAAAAGAUUUUGAAACUACAUAUGGAAAGAUACAAGCAAAAAGUGAGAGACCUAUAUAUAAUCCAGUGGCUCCUUUGAAUAUUGAAGAUUAGUUUCCAGAACCUGCUAAAUAAAAAGUAAGGACCGGUUUGUCUUUCACAAUUCAAAUAAAUUGGAUGUAAAUGCGACUUAGAAAUUGAAUUUUUUUUUUCUGAAUCAGUGUUUCUAAAUAUGCAGUUGUCAUGGAAUUCAUUGGAUCAAACAGAAAGGCUGUCUGAUCCAAUAUGUUUUUCCUAUAGUAGCCAAGCAUAUUUGUAUGUGAAACCUACAAGCUAGACACCAGUCCAAUAGCAUCUGCUGCUCAUGUUAUCUAGGAACUAAUAUUAAAAGGCAUUUUUCUGAUAUAGAAGUAAUACAUAGCAAUUAUGCCUAGAAACUACAAAGUCUUAUAUUCCAUGGAUUCGAUUUCUCUUCAAAACAAAUGUAAGCCAUGUGAGAUAGGAUUCUAUAGUUUCAUGAUGCAUGAAAUACCUUUAUUUGCAUCUUUCAUAAAAUAAAUAUUUUUCUAUUUUCUGCAUAUCUUGUGUAAAUGUAGGCUUUUUAAAAUCAUAUAGAGGUGUUUUUGUAAAUUAUAUAAUUUGUAUAAGAGUAUUAUGGGAUUGUCAACAGAAUAUAUACAUUAUUUAGGAAAGGGAAUGAACUUUUAAACUUCUGCCGUGAUAGACAAGAUGCACCUAGCAUUGGUUUAAAUUAUAAUAAUAUCCUUGCUUUAUGCAAUAUUUAAAAUAAAAUUUACACAUAUUGGGAAUAUAUUCAAUAUAUUCAGUUUAUUUAAUAAAUUAGUCGGUUAGAUUAUGCAUAAUUGAAUGAUAUGUAAUCCUUGCUAAUUAGAAAUAUUUUCUUGACUAUUAUACCGUCAAGUCAGUGUCAAGUCUAAGUAACCACAUAAACUUUUUCUUUUACUGAUCUUGAAUAUAUGCAUGAUUUAUUUUACCAAUAUACUCUGCGGCACUUUAAAUUGUUUGGAAUAAUUAACCUGGUACAUAUGCAUUCAAUGAUUUUAGGACUGAAGACACAAGGAACAGAAUGGCACAUCUCACAAGAAGCCUGGCUUUGAAUUUGCAUGUAGCACAUACUGUCUAUUUAACUAUACUAUUUUCUUCCUAAAUAUCAAGUAUGAUAACUUUUAAUAUUUAGAACUGCAUGAAAAUUUAAAAAGAAACCCAUGUAUAGAAAUGGUGUGAGGCCCUGGAUUUUAGUAUUCUUUUUUUCAUAGAUUCUUCUCAAUUGUCCCCAAAUAAUUUCUUCAGCUUAUUGCUGAAGGAUAUGAGAUCAAGAAUCAAUACAAAAAAAAGGGUGAUAUUUCAUUAUGUUGCUCUGUUCAUCAGUAAAAAGACACUUUAUAGGAUCAGUGGGUGUAUCUGGAAAGCAUCUCACAAAGUAGUUGGCAUGGGAAUGUUACAAGGCACCCCUUUAUUAGAAAGCACAAUGAGAUUUGCUUCAAUGAAAAAUAGUUUUCCAAAUACGUUUGAAAUGAACAGGAGGGAUAAGGAAUCUGAUAGAUGCUAAGAGAAAUGCCUGCUGGGGCAUAUUGGCAUUGCUAGCUUACUGAUACUAGAUCUCUCUAUUGCUUAGCAUAUGAACCCAGACACUCUUACCUUAAGAUCUCAUUUACCAUUAAAUAUCAACGUCACAGAAAUACCAAAUGUCAGUUCUUAAAAGUACAUCAAUAUGUUUGUAAUUUUUAUGCUUGUGGCUAAUCCUUCUAUAAAUAUAAAUUCCAUAUGCAAACCAUUCUGUGUUUGGAACACUGGAACCUUUAGUACAUAUUUCUAAAAAUAACGCAUACACAUUUUAUUCUUUUUAUAUAUGUUUUAAGAUACACAUUUAUUAGGGAAUUGGUUGAGUAGUAAAAUGACAAAGUAUCUAAAUUCUAGACACAGUAUCCAAUAUGAAGAUUGUCUGAUAAACUCUCCAAUCUAGGCACAUUGUUAAUCCAGUCACCUAAUUAAAUACUAUAUACAAAC